AUGAAGGCGCUCCCAGUGCUGUCGGUUCUCCUCUGGAUGUGCGCGGUGUACUUUGCAGGUAUAUACCUGUUUGUGGGUGGGUUCUUACUGGUGCGGCUGGAGGUGAAUCGGACCAGCACCUGCACAGAUGUACUGCACCCUGGAGAGGAGCACCGGGAUUUCUGCCACACCCGGCCACGUUUUCACAGGGUUGUCCUCCUCAUUAUCGAUGCCCUAAAGACAGACUUUGUUCGCUUUGAUCCCAGCAACACUUCGCCUCGUCCCUUUGAAAAUAAAUUGCCUGUGUUCCAGGAAAUAACUGUGUCCAAGCCUCUUCACAGCCGCCUGUACACAUUUCGUGCUGACCCACCUACGACCACCAUGCAGCGGAUCAAGGGCUUCACCACUGGGUCCUUGCCCACCUUUGUGGAUGUAGGCAAUAAUUUUGCAUCCACUGCUAUUUUGGAAGACAACCUCAUCCAUCAAUUUCGGCAAGUUGGCAGGCGUGUGGUGUUCAUGGGUGACGACACAUGGGAGAGUCUUUUUCCAAAGAAGUUCUAUCGCUCCCUGCCCUUCCCCUCUUUCAAUGUGAAAGAUCUGCACACUGUGGACAAUGGAAUCCUUCAGCACCUACACCCAACCAUGGUAUCGGAUGACUGGGACAUUCUGGUCACUCAUUUUCUCGGAGUGGAUCACUGCGGCCACAGGUUUGGGCCGGACCACCCCGCCAUGGCUGACAAGCUCUCCCAGAUGAAUGGAGUCAUCAGGUCUGUGAUUGAGCGCCUGCAGAAUGACACCCUGCUAGUGGUUAUGGGGGAUCACGGAAUGACGGAUACUGGAGAUCACGGUGGAGAAAGUCAGAAGGAGACUGAUGCUGCUCUCUUUCUCUACAGCCCCUCUCCUCUCUUUGCUGGACCCCCAUCCCAGACUGAACCACAAGUGGUGCAGCAGACAGACCUGGUGCCGACCCUGGCUCUCUUGCUGGGAGUUCCCAUCCCCUACAGCAGUGUGGGCCAGGUUCUUUCACCUUUAUUCCCUCCUCGUGUGCAGACAGAAGGUGCAGUUGGAGGUCUCACCCAGCUGGAGGCACUGUGGAUCAAUGCAAAACAGGUCAACCGUUUCCUGGAGACUUACUCUGCCAUGGCCAAAGACAUCCCGGCAGAAAGUCUCUCACAGCUGAAGACUGAAUUCUCUCGUCUGUCCUCUGAAUACCUCACCACAGUCCGUGACAGUCCAUCGCCCCCUCCAGGACUAGAGGCCUCCCUGCAGGCCUACCUCACCUCAGUCAGAGACACCUGCCGGGCUACAUGGGCUCGAUUUAACCCCCUUAAGAUGACUGCAGGUUUAGUUGUCCUGGCGCUCGCCUGCCUGUUGUCUUUAACUUUGUCUGAACUGUCGUGGCUUUUCGUAAGUGAGAAAGGUCUGCUUGUGGCCCCAGUCAUGGGGGCGCUUUUUCUUGGAGUUUGCGCGGCUGCUGGUCAGCUGCACCUACAAGGUGAUGUCGAGGUGUCGUGGUGCGUGGCAGCUGCUGCUUUUUGCUCCGAACUGCUGCUCCUCUGGAGGAUUCAGCGAGCCAGAACAUCUGCGGUCAUGAGAAAUGGAUUCAAAGGCUCAAAGUGUGUUAGCUGGUUCACCCCACAUCACCUCUUUGACCCAGCUCUCCUGGCAUUGCUCCUCCGCUGCGCCUCCCUGCUCUCAGAUAGUUAUGUGAUAUACGAGGGCCAGGUGGCCACUUUUCUAGUUUUUUCUUUAAGUCUGUGUAUUCCCAUCGGUUUAAACUGGGAUGGUUUGCUGUUGCCCCAGAGUCAUGACCCUCAAAAGCCUGCAGGGGUCCUGCCUUCACCGGCCCUCACCCCUUCAGCUGUGAAGAAAGAAAGCAGGACCCUCAUGUCCUGUUUGGGACUUGUUAUCGGCUGUCUCUACCUCUCCCUGUUUUUCCAUGGAUGUCGGGAAGAGCAGGGUUCCUGCCAGCCUUCCCCGUUCCUCUCCCCCCUUUCCCGGCUGCAGGACAGCCACCUGAAGAACCUGCACUAUGUCCUCUCUGUGUCUUCGCUUUGCUUAUGGACCUAUCUACUGAGAUGCUGCCUCCGCCACUACGGUAACCUCAACUCCUCAGGUGGGACCGUCUUCACAGCUCGAUGGAUUCUGCCUCUGCUGUCCGUCUGUCUGGGACUCCACUGGGCUGUUAGCGCCACUCCAGAGAACAGCUUUAGGAAUCUGGCAGAACUGAUCAGACUGUCCCAGCUGGCGCUCCCCAGGGCUGCCUUCUGCCUCCUGGGACUGGGACUGCUCCUCAUCUGGCUUGACCCUCUUACUGUGUUUGUAAAAAGUAAGGCUGCAGCUGCAGGCAGGGGGUCGUCUCUACCCCCACCCCGCUACCGCGCGAGCACCGGCAUCAGCCCCCAGGCAGAGCUGCAUCACCUCAUCCCUCAGAUCUAUCAGCGCAUGCGCCGCUCACUGGAAGACACAGACUUGAGCAGAGCUGCAGAGGAGGACAGCAGGCCUGCUGUGGAGGCCUACGGACUGGGAACAGUGUACUCCGCCCCCUUGGUUCUGUUUUGCGGCCUGCUGGGGGUCGGUCUGCUGUUGCUGCACCCGGAGGGCAUGGCUCUGUCUUUCCUCCUGCUGCUCCUUGAAAUGGGUGCUCUGUUGCACAUUCACGCCUCCUCUGUCACUCUCAGUGGUCUGCACGGAACACAUUCUGGUGGUUUUAAUGUCCCCUGGACUCCCGUCGUGUUGUGGUCACUGGCUGCCACACAGUUCUUUCAUGCCACAGGUCACAUGCCCGUCUUCCCCUCGAUCCAGUGGGGCUCUGCCUUUGUAGGAUUCCCCGACGGACAUUCAGGCACAGUCCUACCCGCCUCGCUGGUUUCCCUCAACACCUUCGCCUCCCACAUCCUCGUUGCAGUCAGUUGUCCUUUGCUGCUGUUCUGGCCUGUGGUGUGUGAGGUACGAGGGAGCAGAGGAAGCGAGGACGCCGUGAUGGAGAUGAGACUGAGAGAGAACCCGCUGCACUUCAGCUCAGCACUGCUACAACUCUCAGCCCGCUAUCUCUUCAUUCACGGAGCACAGGUCUUUGCGUCGGUGUGUGCAGCCGCUAUCCUCAGGCGACACCUAAUGGUGUGGAAGGUUUUUGCACCCAAGUUAAUGUUCGAGACCUCUGGGUUCCUGGUGAGCAGCGUGUUCCUGUUGAUCGGAGUCACGUUAGUGUUGAGAGUCGACGUGGCCGUCGGCUUCUGGUUUAAGAGACUCCUACCUGGUGAGUCCAGGUAACGACGGUGCUAAUGCACCGGACGUAGCAUGAGGUUUCCUCUGGUCUGUCGAAGGCUGAGCCUGAUGUUACUGACGCUGGACCAGGUGGUGGGACUGAGCGAACUCUGAAUGUGGUGCACGGUGACUCAAAAGAACAGUUCAGUCAUGAAUCGCCUCACACAACUCGUGAUUAAAAAUAAUGACUCUAUUAGUGAGCAGCAGAAAAACAAAUGAACUAUUUUGUGAUAACUGAAUGAUUGUUUCUGAAGGUAAUGUGCCAAAAAAAUUCUGGGUAUAGAUUCUGUAAUGUGAGGAUUUGUUCCCAUCCUCUGUUCUAUUCUAAAAUGAAAAUGUUUGAUCUUUUGACUGUUUUAAAAGUGAAGACACUGGUUUGGGGAAUGUUAUUUUAUUAUUAUUAUUAUUAUUUUUUACCAUUUUGUCCAAUUAAAAACAUGAAUUGAUUAAUCAUAAGAAUUACCAAAUGAUUGCCCUCCUUUGUGAUGUCAGUAUUUGAGAACAUUCAAGAAAUCAACCAAAGAAAUGUGAAAGCAGAUCAGGAUGUUCACCAACAUUUAGUCAACGCCUCGACCAUCACACCACAAAA